AGAAGAGAGAGGCAUCGUUGACCAUGGAGGUCUGAUGUUGUCUCUUGUGCCCCGCGAACAGGUGGAGGACAUGGAGGAGCCCCACAGCUUCUUUAAGAAGGUGGACAUCCCUGUCCAUGUGCACUACAUUGUGGCCUUUUUCAUUGUGGUCAUCGGAACUCUGGGAAUGACGGGCAAUGCUCUGGUGAUAUUCGCUUUCUACAGCAAUAAGAAGCUGAGGAGUCUGCCUAACUACUUCAUCGUCAAUCUGGCCGUGAGUGACUUCCUCAUGGCCUUCACCCAGGCACCCAUCUUCUUCAUCAACUCUCUCAACACUAAGUGGGUGUUUGGGGAAACAGGCUGUAAGGUGUAUGCCUUCUGUGGGGCCCUGUUUGGCAUCACUUCUAUGAUAAACCUGUUGGCCAUCUCUAUCGACCGCUACCUGGUCAUCACCAACCCUCUGCAGGCCAUGCAGUGGAACUCCAAACGCAGGACCACACUGGCCAUAGUGCUGGUCUGGCUCUACUCACUGGGUUGGAGUCUGGCCCCACUUGUUGGCUGGAGUUCCUACAUCCCAGAGGGAAUGAUGACCACCUGCACCUGGGACUACACCACCUUCUCCGUGGGCAACAGGAGCUACACCAUGAUGCUCUGUUGCUUCGUGUUCUUCAUCCCCCUGGGGGUCAUCCUCUACUGCUAUCUCUUCAUGUUCUUCGCCAUCCGCAACGCCGGCAGGGACUUGGAGAGGCUGGGGAAAUCCAGUAUUCAGCAGCAGUCUAUGCGUAACGAGUGGCGGCUGGCCAAGAUUGCGUUUGUGGUCAUCAUCGUGUAUGUGCUGUCUUGGUCCCCUUACGCCUGUGUCACGCUCAUUUCCUGGGCAGGGUAUGCCCACAAGCUGACUCCCUAUUCCAAAACAGUACCUGCAGUCAUAGCAAAAGCAUCCACGAUAUACAACCCGUUCAUCUAUGCUAUCAUUCACACCAAAUACAGGAAUACCUUAGCGGAGAAGGUGCCCUGUCUUGCCUGCCUGUCACAGAAGAAAAAGAAGGACUGCUUGUCGUCCACCAACAGCGAGACGUCCGUCCACGACACUGGGUUCAGCAGACAGUCGUCUGUCUGCAAGGCUAAACUCCAUGCCGUGUCCUCCAACUCAACCUCAGCUACGUCCUGUAGCGAUGUGGUUCACGUACUGCAGUCCGAGAAGAGGGGCGAUGUAGAACUCGAUGUGAUGUCCCGCAAAACAGACUCCUUCAGAAGUUCGUGUUCCUUUCCCCUGCUCAAAGACCACAACAAAUCAGUCAAACGGCACAAGAUCAAACACCACUCCCAGGCCACUGUGGAAAAAGAGAAGACCACCAUCACAGGGUCUCUGAGUCUCUGUGAUCAUGACCUGGUGACCGGCACAUUGAACAUGGCGACUGUCCCGCUGCUGGUUGCCUCCACGGAGCCUCAGACGGGGAACUCAACACUUGACAAGGACGGCCAUCGUGAUCAGGAACUCCACCGGACCACCGCCCUGGACCCAAAGUGUUACUUCCGGCCAUGUUACGGCAUACCCCGCAUCAUCAUCAGCCCCACAUCAGAGAACAGCCUGACUGAGGAGGCCUUGUAUUUGGACGAUAAGCCUGAGUUGCAGUUGAGCGACUUGGGUGAGCUGGUGUUGGACAUGCAACAGUAUGACUGUUCGCCUGAACUGCUUGAAUCUGUGGAGAGCUUCCUAUCCUGAGUCCUCCAUUUCUUGGUUUCUUGAAAUUAGCUGUCUUGUAUUUUUGUAUGGAGAACAAGCAAGGAAUGAAUGGAUUUUAUAUAUAUAUUUUGAGUUUGUAUUCUUAAAGAAUUUACAAAAAUUACUUUUUUAGUAAUAUUAGUACUAUUUUUACAUUUAUUAAAAAAUGGAUUAGGACAUUUUAAGGGCAGUUUACUAAAAUGAAAAUUCACAUUUGUCACAUUUUAGUGUCUUGUAUUCCAAGUAUGUGGUUUAGUGACAAACCUGGAUAAGUUAACUCAGAGUAAGUGGUAAAGCUCCUACAAAAAGGGCCCUGUGGCAUUGUUUUGUAAGGAGAAUGAAGCCAUACAGCUCUUCUAUUAGGAGGUUUACCCCUUACUCUGAGUUAACUUACCCACUAGUUUAGUUUGUCACUAAACCACGUACUUGGAAUACCCAUUUGGUCAUCUCCUUUCCCCAUAAACAAAUAAAAAAAGCUGUACACAACGAAUACAACUACAUUACAGUUUUUCUCAGUCGCUUUGGUGCUUUUUUCAGAUCAGAAUGAAAAUUCUCAUAACUAUUAGUUCAACCUCCACAACAUUUAGUCAUUUGUGCACAUCAU